AUGGCCUUCCUGCGCGCGUUUCGGCGGACCAACAACUAUAUCAGCGCCCAUGCACUAUUCCUGCUGCGGUUUUAUCUGUGGCAGUACUAUCAUUUAGGGGUGUUGCGCCUGCGCUAUGACCGCUCACGAAACGUUGUGCAACUCACGCGAUACAGCAUCACAGUGUCACGACUGUUGGGACUGCCCUUCCUGUUCCUGCUUAGUCUGGCACUCCAUUAUCCUUACAAGUUGUUGGUUUACAUGCAACCUUUGGUAUUUAUGAGCUGCCUGGUCAUGCAGCCCAGUCGUACCUACACGCAAUGGAUAGCGCUGAUAAACCGUUUCCUCAACUUGGCUGUGCGGCUGUUCAGGAUCAGCAGACGCAAGCUGAGGUUCUCUUGGUUUCUUAUUGCCCAACUGGUGAUCAAGUUUCUCACUCUGAAGCUGUACGUUCAGAUGCUGACCCUUGACUUGAUCGAUGCGUUUCGAUUUUUGCUGAUUUUCGUGCUACCCACCUCGCUCUGCAUAUGGUGCAUCGACAUUAGCACGCACAUCGUGAGCCUGACGUUGAGCAUAUUGCUCAAGUCGUUUGAGCUGCUGAACGAGGAGAUAGAGGCCUGCAGCACGCAGCUGCAAGUGAAGAUUAUGCAGGCGGAUUACCGCAAUGUGGAGCGAUUGAAUAAUCGGCUGCAUGCUCUACAGCAGCUCUACAUAUCCUAUUCGCGACUCACGCAGGACGUUCUGGACUGUUUGGCGGUCAAGCUGCUGCUCAUCGUGGUCUACAAUCUGUCCAUGGUAUAUGCGCUUUCGCGUCACUGGCAGCGCUUCUUUGAGAUCGGAGUGCUCCUUAAUAGCGUGCGACUGCUCUUCCAGUUACUAGACAAGUUGGCGAAUGCCAUCUGCACGCCCUACGAGACCUCCUGGCAGCAUUCAGCCCAGUUGCUGAGAUUCAACGAAGUGCUAUCAAUGCACGGAUGGUUGAGGCGCAGGCGCGAUCUGGAACGCCAGGUUAAUGGUUAUACAGAGCUAUAUGCUCUGAUUCAGCCGCAGUUGCAGGUGUUGGGACUUUUCACACCUAACCGACGAGCGUUUUUCCGCGUGCUCUUCUUCUACUGCAGCUAUCUGUAUCUGCACUACAUGUGGCACAAACGCCUCCCAGUGGCUGAGCGUGAGAUAUUCUUGGUCAUGUCCUUGGUUUUAAAAGAACGAAAACAUUGA